UGAAAGCGUGCAGCCAAGCAAUCGCUUUUCCAUGGAUGCUGCGGAUGGCCUCCCUCCAGAGACGAGGCUGCAUAUUCUUCGCUGCGUAUGCGGGGCGGCGACGAGCCUGCCCUCCCAGACAUUGCGAGUGCUUGCCACUGUUUCGACGGGAUGGUACGGUUUGAGCUUGUCUGCCGCGAUUCUACCAUUUGCACGCCACUUGCAUUGCCGGCUUCUCACUCCAAACCACAAUGGCAAGCGCUUUGGAGAAGUUUGGCCUCCUGACGAGCCGUUGCAAGUGUACAGAACCCAAGCUUCGCAAACGUUGGGCGACCAGGACAUGCUGAUCCGUUGUUUGCAGAUGUGCUUGCAUCGCCGCUUCCAGCCGGCCAUGGACUUGUACUCGCAGCUGGAAGAGGCAACCAACCUGGAGUCCUGGAUGCGACAACUCCGGGACUUUCGGGCGAGGCAGUUCCCUCCUACUUCCGGACCGGGCGAAGCACCGCCGCCAGUGUGGUGUGCAGCCGCCGUUGUGCUUCCCGAUGGUCGACUUUGCGUGGUUGGCGGCGGCUGCUAUAGCUACGAGCUGGCCAACGCCCAGUCUUCCUUGGUGGAGGUACUGUGGCACCAGCCACAUGUGUACAUUUUCGACACUGCCUCCCAGCAAUGGUCACAUCAGGUCACGACAGGUGCACAGCCGCCAGUUGCUCAUGCCUAUGCGUCAGCGCACACGCUGCUGGGCACUCGUUGGGUUUUCUGGUGCGGAGGUUACUAUUGCCAGGCCUACAACACUGCCUUUUCUCUAGACAUCGAAACCUGGGAAUGGCGAGCGAUGCGAAACAGCUCAGAGCAUCAGCCAAGCCCGCGAUACUUCGCGGCUUCAUUUGAGCACUUGGGCGCGCUGUAUGCGUGGGGUGGUCGCAGCUUGAAGGACAAGUAUUUCAAUGAUUUGUGGCGGCUGGAUCGCUCAAGGGCUCAUCAGGAUGUCGUCCACACAGAUGAAAUGAUCACUUCAGGAAGCUGUCCCCCAGCCAGGUUUGCCUCGACACUCACCAAUUGCGAUGAUCGUUUUGCCAUCCUUUUUGGCGGUGGGCAGUGGAAGACUGGUGGGCGAUUUCUUACGGAUGCCACUACAUACCAGCUAAAUCUAUCCACCUUCGAGUGGAGCAAGCUGGAAACAGCUGGGAUUCUUCCUAUGCCGCGGCUCCAGCAUUCUGCGGUGAAUUUGGGAGGAAAUCUCGUAUUGAUUUUCGGCGGGUAUGAGCCCUCUCAGAGGCGAUAUCUUAGCCUACAAGAGGCAGAAGUUCUCAAUGUGCGAAGCCUCCGGUGGAUGUUGCUGGAUAGCCGCUACCGAAUCCAGGUUGGGAUGGAGGUUGUGGUCAGAGACUUUGAAGAUGCUGAACUGGCACACUUCGGAACUGUUGUGAGCGGGCCUGAAAGGCUGCCCAAUGGCGAGCCCCACGGUUGGUACGUGAAGGUCAUGUCGCCUGACGCAGCUGACCGGAGGGCCAGAUUCUAUCCGGAGAGUUGCAUCCAGGUCGUGUCUGACGGCAGAAAGCGGCCACAGCCUGCAACAGACGAGGGCGAGCUUCUCACUCCGCCCGAGGCGCAAUGGCUGCCUAAAAUGGACGAGCCCAGCUUUGAGCAAGUCCAGGAUCGGCUAAGCUGGAUACGUGGUGAAUUUCCAUGUGGGCGCGCAGGCAUGGCCGUUGCAGAGGCCGCUGGCAGUGGGCGAUUUUACGUCUUCGGUGGCGCCCGGUAUGUGCACCAGGAGUGGUACUCGGAUGUCUACGAGUGCUCACUGGAGCCCUUGGAUCCGCCGAGUGCACCUCAGCCCGUGCCAAUGAGCACGGGCAAGUCGUCAAGCUGCAGCACCUCGUGAUUGAGCGCCCGCGCGCAAACGUCAAUGCCGCGAAAGUUUCACCUGACGGCUGCGACGUGCGAAGAGGGACACACGUGUCGAUUGCUCGUGGCCCCAU